UGCACGGAGUGGGGCCAGGUGUUCAUCCUGGACGCGCUAUCCAACUAUUCUCCGCGCGACGCUCGCGAAGCGCAUUCUAUCUGCGAGCGAAUCACGCCGCGCCUGGCCCACGCUAACGCAGCCGUCGUGCUCUCCGCCGUCAAGGUGUUCGUCCUGGACGCGCUAUCCAACUACUCUCUCAUUAUCUGCGAGCGAAUCACGCCGCGCCUGGCCCACGCUAACGCAGCCGUCGUGCUCUCCGCCGUCAAGGUGUUCAUCCUGGACGCGCUAUCCAACUACUCUCUCAUCAUCUGCGAGCGAAUCACGCGGCGCCUGGCCCACGCUAACGCUGCCGUCGUGCUAUCAGCCGUCAAGCUUAAGAUCCUAACUGCCUUAAACGAGUGCACGGAGUGGGGCCAGGUGUUCAUCCUGGACGCGCUAUCCAACUACUCUCUCAUCAUCUGCGAGCGAAUCACGCGGCGCCUGGCCCACGCUAACGCUGCCGUCGUGCUCUCCGCCGUCAAGGUGCUGAUGAAGCUGAUGGAGAUGGUAGCGGAAGACACGGAGCUUGUCAGCACGCUGUCCCGCAAGCUGGCGCCGCCGCUGGUGACGCUGCUGAGCGCGGAGCCCGAGGUGCAGUACGUGGCGCUGCGGAACAUCAACCUGGUCGUCCAGAAGCGCCCCGAUAUCCUCAAGCACGAGAUGAAGGUGUUCUUCGUGAAGUACAACGACCCUAUCUACGUGAAGCUGGAGAAGCUGGACAUCAUGAUCCGCCUGGCCUCGCAGGCGAACAUUGCACAAGUGCUGGGAGAGCUCAAAGAGUAUGCCACUGAGGUGGAUGUGGAUUUUGUGAGGAAGGCUGUGAGAGCCAUCGGCAGAUGCGCUAUCAAGGUGGAGCCCUCAGCAGAACGCUGCGUGUCUACCCUCCUAGAACUGAUCCAGACCAAAGUGAACUACGUGGUGCAAGAAGCCAUAGUGGUGAUCAAGGAUAUCUUCAGAAAAUACCCAAACAAGUAUGAGAGCAUCAUCAGUACGCUUUGCGAGAACUUGGAUACGUUGGACGAACCCGAGGCUAGGGCGUCGAUGGUUUGGAUCGUCGGCGAGUACGCCGAGCGUAUCGACAACGCAGACGAAUUGCUCGACUCCUUCCUAGAGGGCUUCCACGAUGAAAACGCUCAGGUCCAGCUGCAACUGCUGACGGCAGUGGUGAAGCUGUUCUUGAAGCGGCCUGCAGAUACGCAAGAGUUGGUGCAGCACGUCCUCAGCCUCGCAACGCAAGAUGCCGACAACCCAGACCUCAG